GAGCUGAUAUCCAGCCAAAAAGAGAUUUGAGUCGUUUUGUAAGAUGGCCAAAGUACAUCAGACUUCAGAGGCAAAGAGCUGUGUUAUACCAACGUCUGAAAGUGCCUCCAUCCAUCAAUCAGUUCACACAAACUCUGGACAAGCAGACAGGUUUGUUUUACAAAUUUAUACUAAACUAAACUACCCUUACUUAAUUUGUAUUGGAAAGGUCUGUCGGUUCUCGAACAUGCUGCUAAAUUUAGCUUUUGUUUGUUUGUUCAUCAAUAUGUUUGCUUUAUCUUCUUGUAUUUGUGUUUAAUUGUUAUGUUUGCUUUAAUUUUAAAAUAAUUAGAUAUCCCAUAAGUUGUAGUUCUCCAAUAACAGGGUUCCAAAAAGGAAUCUAUGUGUGGAAAUUCCAGUCAUUUGUAACUAUAGUACUCUAUACUGUAGAUCUAUUUGGCAAACUUAUAAAAUAAAUAAAUGGCCUCAGCCUAAAUUUCAAUCUUGAGUUCUUUGUAGUUUUACAUAGCAACAGUAUAAUAUAAGUUUUGGUUUGUGGAAACACCACAUAUAUUUAUUAUUGCAGUAGUGAAUAUAUGUCGAAACUUAAUGUUUUAGUCUCUGGUGGCAAAAUAUUUUGUUCAUGUAUUAAAUUCAGACAACUGCAUUUCUUUAGCCACACAGCUGUUCAAGCUUUUGCAUAAGAUACGUCCAGAGACUAAGGUAGAGAAGAAAGCACGUCUUACUGCCAAAGCUGAGAAGAAGGCACAAGGCAAAGAAGACACUCCAGGGAAAAAGCCAGUGACUGUAAAAUUUGGAAUCAAUCAUGUCACACAGCUUGUUGAAGAGAAAAAGGCUCAGCUUGUUGUGAUUGCUCAUGAUGUUGAUCCCAUUGAGGUAAUAUAUUACUUUUGCUUAUAUUGAGUCAUUCCAAAAAACAUCCUCACCUCUGUGUAAAUGGGAAGUAAAUCGCACAUUCCUCAUCCCAUUAAAGGGUUAAAUUGGAAAGACAAUAAAUUUGGAUCAUAAUGUGUUAAAAAGGUUAUCAUGUCAUUUUCAAUCCAGCUUAGUGUUCAACACCAAUCCCUACCAAUACAAUCAAUGCAUGGUUGUAGUGCACCUCUCUGAUACAACAUUGAACCUCACAUCCAAAUUAUAUACCAAUGCCUAAAAUGCAAGCCUAUUUCAACCCAAAUUUGAAUUUGGUAAGCCAAUAGGAUGACCAUGUAUGCAUGUUAAAGUUAGCGCUUCCAUUUAGAGGGUAUGCCCAAAUUAGGCAAUCUAAAGCCUUGCAAAUUUUUAUAGUAAGUGCAUUUUAAUAAAGUGUUGUUACACAAUAUUAUUGUAAUGACAUCAUCCAAAAUGCAAAAGUAACAUUCUUGUUUGAGAAAACAGUUGUGGUAUUAAUGUCCAUGACUGUUGGUUAUAGCAAGAUACAUUUGUAUUGUUGCAAAUAGAAACCUCUAAGGUAUUUAUUAAGAGAUAUAUGAAAAAAGCCACUACCCAGGGUUUUUGUGCAAAGGCAAAACCUGCUAAAUCCUACAUGACACUGAACAUGUCUUUAUCAUUUCAGAUUGUUGUGUGGCUACCAGCUUUGUGCAGAAAGAUGAAUGUCCCAUACUGUAUUGUCAAAGGCAAAGCGAGGUUAGCUGUUGUUUAUAAUAAAAAUACUUUGUAUGUAGCUAUGGUGUUUGUCAGUAUAAUUUCCCCUUAGUGGCAUGUGAGAAAAGUGCUUAAGUUUAAGAAAAAAUAGAAGAGGAUAGCUUGGUUUUAAACUGAGUUCAAUAGAAUCCUGAAAACUUGGUCUGACAUAAUUGGACACUAACGAUUUUCCGAUCUGUAACUUUGGUGUGCUGUAAUGAAAAGCCUCUGAGAGGUAGGGGCAACGGAUAUCGCAUUAGGAACUUUGUGAAAGUCUAAAAGCUUUAUUUCAUGUGUAAGAGACAGUAAGAGAGAAUGUGGAAAAAUAUUUGGCUAUAACCUCCAUGCAGACAGAAGCCCUGUUUACACUACGCUCAAUUUUUGGUAUGGCACGGAUAAAAUUAGUACUUUUUUGUUCUUGGACUACCUAUAUUUUGAGCCCCGUUUACACUACGCUCGAUUUUUGGUACCAUACCAAGAACCAAAAAAGUGGUACGAGUACCAAUUUUAUCCGUGCCGUAUCAAAAAUUGAGCAUAGUGUAAACGGGGCUAGAGUCGGUGCAAUCAAUUUAUUGGCCGAUGACAGGCUACAUAUUGAUUACAAUGAACACUGGCUUUAAACUAAAACUUGUUCAAAAUUGCUUCCUGAGCAAAAUCGCACUUGGGAGACCUUUCUUCCCAAAUGCAAUUAACGAAUUUGUAAAACACUCCACUGUUGUUUUAGAUUGGGUAAAGUUGUGCAUAAAAAGACGGCAACAGCACUGUGCAUCACCACGGUGAAGCCAGAAGAUAAGCACACUCUUAACAAUCUCAUUGAUGCAGUGAAGACAAAUUAUAAUGACCGUUAUGAUGAGAUCAGGCGUCACUGGGGCGGUGGAAUUAUGGGGGUCAAAUCCCAGGCCGUUACAGAUCGACUAGAACGUGCAAAGUUGAAAGAAGUUAAGAUGGCAUAA